AUGCCCACUGACGGAGCCCUUGGAGUCAGUAUCAGUGCCCCAGGAGGUGCUAUUGCUUCGGUUCCAAACUGGACUCUACGAGGAACACAACUCAUGAAUGGCACAUCCAUGUCUUCUCCCAAUGCAUGUGGAGGCAUUGCAUUAGUACUGUCAGGACUCAAAGCUAAUGAUAUUCAUUACACUGUUCAUUCUGUCAGAAGAGCUUUAGAAAAUACUGCAGUGAAAGCUGAAAACAUAGAAGUAUUUGCACAAGGACAUGGUAUUAUUCAGGUUGAUAAAGCCUAUGACUACCUCAUUCAGAAUUCAUCAUUUACAAGUAACAUCGGCUUUACAGUUACUGUCGGCAGCAACCGUGGAAUCUACCUCAGAGAUCCUGCCCAGAUAGCUGCACCUUCUGAUCAUGGGGUUGGCAUAGAACCCGUCUUUCCUGAGAAUACAGAAAACACUGAAAGAAUAUCUCUCCAGCUUCAUUUAGCUUUAACUUCAAAUGCACCGUGGGUCCAGUGUCCCAGUCAUUUAGAGCUUAUGAACCAGUGUCGACACAUAAAUAUUCGUGUGGAUCCACGUGGCCUGAGAGAAGGACUACAUUACACAGAGGUGUGUGGAUAUGAUAUAGCAAUGCCUAAUGCAGGCCCUCUGUUCAGAGUUCCGAUAACUGUUAUUAUACCAACCAAAGUAGAUGAAUCAUCAAGCUAUGACCUGACAUAUACAGAUGUUCAUUUCAAACCCGGUCAAAUCCGAAGGCACUUCAUUGAUGUUCCGCAGGGAGCUACGUGGGCUGAAGUGACAGUAUGUUCAUGUUCUGCUGAUGUGACUGCCAAGUUUGUCCUUCAUGCCGUUCAGCUAAUGAAGCAAAAAGCAUAUAGAAGUCAUGAGUUCUACAAAUUUUCAUCCUUACCAGAAAAAGGAACAGUGACUGAAGCAUUUCCUGUUUUAGCUGGAAAAACCGUUGAAUUCUGUGUUGCUCGGUGGUGGGCAAGCCUUAGCGAUGUUAGCAUAAAUUACACAAUUUCUUUCCAUGGUGUACUUUGUGGUACACCUCAGCUAAACAUGCAUGCUUCAGAAGGCAUCGUGCGAUUUGAUGUUCAGUCCUUGUUGAAGUAUGAAGAUAUUGCUCCAUGCAUAAAUCUGAAAAGCUGGGUUCAAACACUCAGACCAGUGAGUGCAAAAAUAAAACCUUUGGGCUCCAGAGAUAUUUUACCAAAUAAUCGUCAACUCUAUGAGAUGAUUUUGACCUAUAACUUCCAUCAGCCCAAGAGUGGAGAAGUAACUCCAAGCUGUCCCCUUCUUUGUGAAUUGUUGUACGAAUCUGAAUUUGAUAGUCAACUGUGGAUUAUUUUUGAUCAGAACAAAAGACAGAUGGGUUCAGGAGAUGCCUAUCCACACCAGUAUUCUGUGAAACUGGAAAAAGGAGAUUACACUAUUCGGUUACAAAUUCGUCACGAGCAGAACAGCGAGCUGGAUCGCAUCAAAGACCUUCCAUUUAUUGUUUCUCACAGGUUGUCUAGUACUUUGAGCUUAGAUAUUUAUGAAAACCAUAGCCUUGCUCUCCUAGGGAAGAAGAAAUCGAACAGUCUGACAUUACCACCAAAACACAGUCAGCCAUUCUUCGUUACAUCUCUACCUGAUGACAAAAUACCUAAAGGAGCAGGACCAGGAUGCUAUCUUGCAGGAGCGCUUACACUGUCUAAAACGGAACUUGGAAAGAAAGCUGGGCAGUCUGCAGCAAAGCGACAAGGAAAAUUUAAAAAGGAUGUUCUUACAGUUCACUAUCAUCUGAUUCCAUCACCAUCAAAGAGUAAAAAUGGCAGCAAAGACAAAGAAAGAGAACAGGAAAAAGAAAAAGAUGUAAAAGAGGAAUUUGCUGAAGCUUUAAGAGACCUGAAAAUACAGUGGAUGACCAAGCUGGAAACCACUGACAUAUAUAAUGAGUUGAAAGAAGCUUUUCCUAAUCAUCUUCCUUUGUACGUUGCAAGACUUCAUCAGCUGGAUUCUGAGAAG